GAAGAAUUAAUUUUAAUCAAAAUAAUCAUUAUCUAUGAUGAUGAUGCGGAAACAAUAUUAUAUUGAAAAAAAUAUGAAGAGAUUAAAUAGUGUGGGAGGACUUGUCGGAAGAAGAAGCGAAAAGAUUUUGAUUGAUUUUAAUAGUAGUAAUAAUAUUGGACAUUGGUCUUUUAUGAAUGUUCAUCAUCACCUCAAAGGAAGAACCUUCUCAACAUUAUCUUUCCAUCAUCAAGAAGAAGGUUCCGGAACCACAAUUUCUCAUCCAAUGUCCAACAUUACAAAUAAUCAAAGAACCACUGUUGUAUUAUGUCAUGGUUGUUUUGGCUUUGCCUCUCAAUUCUUCUUUAUUGAAAAGAAGCUUAUUGAGAGUGGAAAAUUCAGAGUUUUAAAUUAUUGGUAUCCUUCCUAUAGACAAUCAAUAGAAAGAUCAUCGAGUGGAUUGUAUGACUUUUUGAAUGAGCAUCGACAGAGCAGAGAUCAUGUCUUGUCGAGAAGUGCUUCUGUAUGGUAUUCAAAUUAUGUUAAGGAACAACAGCAACAAGAAACAAGUGAUGAGAUUAGUAAUGAAGAUGAAAGUUUUCACUUUGUAACCCAUUCGAUGGGGAGUAUGAUUGUCAGAAACUUUUUGGUCAAUAAUGUACAAAAUAAUUUAGAUAUCAAUGAUGGCAAUAUUUGUGAUAAUUUACUGAAACAGGAUGCUCUGAAAUUGAUUCAAAUUUCUCCUCUGUUGAGUGGUAGAGUAAAAUUGGCAAGAGAUUUGAAAUUUCUUCAUCCUAUGGCUAAGGUUUUGAGAAGUUAUCCAGAGGAACCAACCAUUGUGGAACAAUUUAUGAAUCAUGUUGAAAGUGAUGGAUGGGAUGAAGUAUUUGCCAAAUCAUUUUGGUGGGCACAAGAUUCUGUUUUAAGUAAUAAGGUUAGAAUGACCAAUAUUGUCACUUCGAUGACAGAAUUCCAACAAAAUGAACCAUCUCUCUUCUCUGAUUUGGUUCUCACUGUAGAUGAACAGACAGCUUCAAUCCCUCUUCAUUUGAAGGAUUCACCUCAUACAGAGUUGGUUUAUGUGAAGGGAGAUCAUGCCAGUAUCUUGAAUAGAGACGUUUGUAUUGACAAGGUUUUACAAGUGUUAUCAAGUUGAACUAAAUGAACUUGUAUGAAAAUGCAAUUUAUUGGAGAAAUUACAAGAAUAUAUAUUGAGGAAUAAUGAUGUAUUAGCGUAAUACCCAAAUGGUGUAAAGAAUAAUAUUCAAAAUAUGGAUCCAAGUCAAUAUGUCCUUCCAUUCAAGCAUGUUUAAAUCUCUUAAAAAGAAUACCUUAAUUGG